AUGCUGACCCUAUCUGUCCAACUAGUCUACGAUGUCCUUUCAUCUCUCGGCCUGCUGAACAAGCAUGCCAAGCUCUUGUUCCUGGGGCUUGACAAUGCCGGAAAGACGACUCUGCUGCACAUGUUGAAGAAUGACCGAGUUGCCAUCCUGCAACCUACGCUACAUCCCACCUCCGAGGAACUUGCUAUUGGCAAUGUCAGGUUUACUACCUUCGAUCUGGGUGGACAUCAACAAGCCCGCCGUCUGUGGAGGGAUUACUUCCCCGAGGUGAAUGGCAUCGUCUUCCUCGUCGACGCCAAGGACCACGAGCGAUUCCCUGAGGCCAAGGCCGAGCUUGACGCCCUCCUAUCCAUGGAGGAGCUUGCCAAGGUCCCCUUCGUCGUCCUUGGAAACAAGAUUGACCACCCCGACGCCGUUUCCGAGGACGAGCUCCGACACCAGCUCGGCAUGUACCAGACGACAGGAAAGGGCAAGGUGCCUCUGGAGGGUAUCCGCCCCAUUGAGGUAUUCAUGUGCUCGGUCGUCAUGAGACAAGGUUACGGCGAGGGCAUCAGAUGGAUGUCGCAGUACGUCUAG